AUGGCAGAUUCAGAAGAAAAGUGGGAAAGACUUGCAAGAAAACUCAGCAGGACAUCAAAAUCAAAGUGGAAAGCUAAAAGAAGCAAGUCUGUCUGGAAUUUUCAAAAUAAAAUAAUCCUGUUCACAGUGAUCCUCUUCAUUGUAGGUGUUAUAAUUUGGACGUUGUUGUGGCUUUUCAUUGUUCAGGUAGAAAACAAAGAUGCUUUGUACUUUGUUGGAUUGUUUCGUGUUGCCAACAUCGAGUUUCUUCCAGAGUAUCGGCAGAAAGGAUCUAGGGAGUUCCUCUCUAUAGCACAGAAUGUGCAGCAAGUGAUGAAUCUGGUAUAUACUAAAUCUACUUUCUCCAAAUUUUAUAAACAGUCCAUUGUCUCAGAUGUUAGUACAAACAACAAUGGGGGACUUCUUGUCCAUUUCUGGAUUGUGUUCGUGGUGCCACAGGCUAAAGGUCAAGUAUUUUGUGAAGACUGUAUAGCUGCUAUUUUAAAGGAUUCAAUUCAAACUAGCAUCACCAAUCGAACUUCAGUAGGGAGUCUUCAAGGCCUUGCUGUUGAUAUGGAUUCCAUUGUGCUCAGUGUUGGGCUGCGAUCAGAUUACUCUUCAACAACAGGCACAGGGACAAAUUGCAUCUACGAUCUACAUGCAGAUCAGCUGUAUCAACAAUUUCCACUGAAAAUUUCAACAACAUCAGAGAGAUUGAUCUGCUAUUAUAAACUAAUUGCACUGGUUGGGUACCUAAUUCGCCUCUCCGUAGCAUCCAUUCAGAUGGAAGCAGAUAACUGCAUCACAGAUUCUUUUACCAUAUAUGACUCCCUGAUGCCAAUCAAAAGUAAGAUACUGUAUCGAAUUUGUGAACCAACGAAUGCAUUCCUGUCUUUCGUUUCUACAAAUAAUCUGAUGCUGGUCACAUUGAAGUCCGCACAAACAAGAAAAGUGAAGGAAUUUCAUAGCUACUUCGAGGUCAUUCCACAAGAAAAAUGUGGCAAAGCUAUACUGACGUUAGGAAGCACUGGGUUUGAAGGGCGAAUUGUGAGUCCAUAUUACCCAAGCUACUACCCUCCAAAAUGCAUUUGUACGUGGACUUUUCAGACUCCCCAGAAGACCCUUGGCAUAGCACUGAAGUUUCAUAACUACACCAUCAGUGAAAAGAGCAUUAAAGGCUGUGAGCAUGGAUGGUGGAAAAUUAAUGAGCGUAUGUACUGUGGAUAUUACAUUGAUCAUCAAACAAUAUUCCGUGCAGCAAGCUUUGUGGUUAACAUUGAGUUUCAAUGUAGCUCCAAGCUUUCAGAGAAGCCACUUCUUGUGGAAUAUGGAAGCUACAACAUUAGCCAACCUUGUCCACCUGGUUCUUUUGAAUGCAACACUGGCUUAUGCGUCCAACAAACUCAGCGCUGCAAUGGAAUCAAUGACUGCUUUGAUGAAAGUGAUGAGCUCUUUUGUGAUAUGCCCAAACAAAACUGUAACACCAGCUUCUUAACCCAGCACCAUUUCAUUUUCUGCGAUGGAAUAAAGGACUGUGAAGAUGGUCAAGAUGAGCAACACUGCACUGAAAGUGUUCCCUGUACCAACAAUACCUUUAAGUGUAGCAAUAACAUUUGCUUCCAGAAGAAAAAUGCAAGAUGUGAUGGGAUCAUUGACUGCCUGGAUCACAGCGAUGAAAGAAAUUGUGGAUGUGGAAGUACUAAAUAUAACAGUGCACACCACCGGAUUGUGGGAGGUUCAGAAACACAGGAAGGUGAAUGGCCCUGGCAAGUCAGCCUCCAUUUUGCUGGAGUUGCUUACUGUGGGGCCUCAGUGAUAUCAGAAGAGUGGCUUCUUUCUGCUGCUCACUGUUUUCAGGGGAACAGGUUAUCAGAUCCUAGAAUCUGGACAGCACAUUUGGGAAUACGCACUCAAGGAAAAGCCAAAUUUGUCUCUAACCUGAGAAGAAUCAUCGUCCAUGAAUACUAUAACAGUCGAAAUUACGACUAUGACAUCGCCCUGCUACAGCUAAGCUCUCCAUGGCUUGACACAAUGAGAAAGUUAAUUCACCCAAUAUGCCUACCUCCCACCAUACACAGAGUUCCCACUGGGGAAAAAUGCUGGGUGACAGGCUGGGGACAGAAGCAGGAAGUUGAUGAUGAUGCGCCAGCAGUCCUUCAGAAAGCAGAGGUAGAAAUUAUUGAUCAAUCACUGUGUCAUUCAACAUAUGGGCUUAUCACAGCCCGCAUGCUAUGCGCUGGGAUGAUGUCUGGGAAAAGGGAUAGCUGCAAAGGAGAUUCUGGAGGACCCCUGUCAUGUCGAAGGAAAGGUGAUGGCAAGUGGUUUCUGACGGGCAUUGUUAGCUGGGGCUAUGGUUGUGGAAGACCCAAUUUCCCUGGAGUAUACACAAGGGUGUCAAAUUUUGCUACAUGGAUACACAAAUAUGUGCCUUCAGCACCACUACCUGGUUAUAAAUUACAGUUGAAAAUCCUUGUAAUACAAGUCCAGGAACAGUCUCAAGGUUCCAGUAAAUGUGAUAAGGAUUGGCUGGAAAUUGAUGGAGUUAGAUACUGUAAACCUAUUGCAGAAGGCAGCAGGGUCAAGGAGUAUGGCUAUUCAGUUUCAAUCACCUUCCAUUCAGAUGAACUGGUCACACACAGAGGUUUUUGUAUUGAAUUCAGAGCUUUCAGCCAUACAGACCCCUGUCCUAAGCUAUUUAAAUGUUCUGACAGAACAUGCAUUCCUUUGAACAGUAAGUGUGAUGGGUGGAAAGACUGCACAGAUGGAAGUGAUGAAGUAGAUUGUGUGUAUAGACAUUGUUCACAGCAUUCAUAUCAAUGCCUGAAUGGAAAGUGUCCAUUAAAGCUGAACCCAGAAUGUGAUGGAAUAAGAGACUGUACAGACGGAUCUGAUGAAAUGAACUGUGCAUGUGGAAGGAGUCAGAUAAAAAAACCCAGAAUUGUUGGUGGUGAAGAUGCAAGGUCUGGAAAGUGGCCUUGGCAAGCAAGCUUGCAGCUGGGAACACAUGGCCAUGUUUGUGGUGCGUCUAUUGUUUCAAAUAGGUGGUUAGUGUCUGCUGCCCAUUGCUUUCAGGAUUCUGAAGCCAUAAGAUACUCUGUAGCUUCCAGCUGGAAAGCAUAUGUGGGGAUAAGAAUCAUUAACAAAAACAGCAAUAAUUAUGUAGCGAUGAGAUCGAUCAAAAGGAUUAUUAUCCACCCACAUUACGACCAACAUAUCUCAGACUAUGACAUUGCGCUGUUGGAAAUGGAGGCACCAGUAUUCUUCAAUGAGCUGGUACAGCCCAUAUGUUUACCAAGCAGUCCUAGAGUAUUUAUUUAUGGAACUCUCUGCUAUGUAACUGGCUGGGGAGCCGUAAAAGAAAAUAGUCAGCUUGCAAAAACACUGCAGGAAGCUAGAGUGAAAAUAAUUAACCAAAGUGUGUGCAGUAGGCUUUAUGAUGAUCUAAUCACUUCCCGGAUGCUGUGUGCUGGGAAUCUUAAUGGUGGUAUUGAUGCAUGUCAGGGUGAUUCUGGAGGUCCAUUGGCCUGCUUAGGAAAGGGAAACAGAUGGUACCUUGCAGGCAUUGUCAGUUGGGGCGAAGGAUGUGCUCGAAGGAACCGUCCUGGAGUUUAUACAAAAGUCACAGCACUAUAUGAAUGGAUUAAUCAAUACACAAACUGA